AUGGCCAAAAUAGACGAGGCAAAACGGAUCAGGGCUAAUCACCACAAGAAAUGUGAUGAAGCUCGCCCCUCUUGCCGCCGGUGUAUUGAUAGCGACCGGGUAUGCGAUGGAUAUGAAUCUCCCGAGCCAAAGGCCCGAUCUGCCAAAGGAGUACCCCAGAGGGCCGUCAGUCAGUCUCGUACCGGUGCCAUUCAAGCCCAGACGGGGCAUUCCUUCAAAAUCCCCAAUUGUUUUUUAGCUUCUCUCGUUGACGCGAGCCAAAUUGACUUGACGCCGAGGGAGCGCUGGCAUUUAAAUGCUUUCCGUACCUAUACCUCGGCGGAAUGCGCUGGCUACGUGCACGACGAGUUUUGGCAGCGAUUAGUCCAUCAAGUCAGCGAAGAGCAGCCAGCAAUUCGUCAUGCGGCAAUUGCGAUCAGUGCGCUCCACAGGCGAUUUGCACUCGACGCCGCCGGCCGUGAAUUGGAACCUGAGUCCCAAGAUGGCCGGGAUAGUCUAUUCUCGCUUCGACAAGGCAGCAAAGCUAUCGCGCACCUUCGGCAAACCCUGACGAAACAUCCUUAUGCUCCCCGUGGCAGUACUGAGACGGCGUUAGUCGGCUGUGUCCUUUUGGUGUCGCUCGCCUCUCUCCAGCAGGACGAACGGACCGUCUGUCUCCACUUACGAUCGGGCUACAAGCUACUGGAAGAGUGGCAGAAAGUCAACUUUAACGAUAGCCCUGCUGGCCCAAUUUUACUCCAAACAUUUGCCCAGCUGCAUUUAAACCAGUCGACCUUCACCGACCCUGUCAAAUACAUGACCAAUGAGUCAACCUCGCUUGCCUCCCUCGUUACCAACAACCCCCAGAUCUCCGGGACGAUUGACAACACAGACCCAGGGAGCGACGCAAUGGUGAUUCUGGGGUGGAUAGUCUCUCAAAACUGCCCACAGGGAUUCGAGCUGGACAUGAGCCCGGCCACGUCAGUUCAGACUCAACAACCUACGGUUUUCAGCAAGCUCCAAUUCUGGCGCAGCCAAUUAAGCAGCUUCGUGUUAAACCACUCGAGCGGAUUAUUACAACGAGACUACGAUGCACUGAAGCUAGUCGAACUCUGGUGUGAGAUCACCCAUAUCAUGGUCGUCAUGGCCAGCCAACCCGGUCAAACGGAGAUGGGCUACGACGGCCUUUUGUCGCACUUUCAAUGGGUCGUUUAUUUGGCGGGAUUUUUGAUUGAAUCCAGCUCGCCCCAGCCGGCCACGACUGGAUUCUCUGCCAAAAUUGGGGUUAUCCCCGCUCUUUUCUUCUGUGGCCAGAAAUGCCGCGAUUGGCACCUGCGGCGCGAGGCAUUGCGUUUAUUGCGCAGCAAAAAACGCCAAGAAGGUAUUUGGAGAUCCUCUGAUGCAGCAUUGGUGCUGCAGAAGUUGAUUGACGUUGAAUCGGAGGGUGCUUGCCCCGAGAUGGUGAUUCCCGAGCCGGCUCGUCUCACCGCUAUAGAUAUCAACAUCUUUCCGGAGAGCUCCCAAGUCCUAUUUUCAUACCAACGACCGCGAGUCCCAGACCCCUGGGAGAAAGAUGCUGGUCGAUUCUGGGAGAAUGUCUUGCUCUCACAUUGA